CGUCGGAUGCCCUCAGAGGCGCGCGCGGUCGUAUUAACAUAACUAUCGGGUCAUAAAAUGGAAUUUCAGAAUGUGAACGAUGUUAUUUGGAUGAUAAACUGAUCUUCACUCUCAGUUCGUGUAGUGCCGCGGGAUGUACAUAUUUCUUCUCUACCCUAGCAAUGACAAGUCACAAGAGUAUCAACGGACAAGAGGAUGAAUAUAUAGAAGUAAUGGGGCGACGCGGGCAAAGUCGGUCACCGUAGCGUUGUUUAGUGUAGGCAUUGAGAAGAUUUAAAAAUGAAUCUUCUCAACACGGAUGCGGAAAACCGCGUGGUGUUGAACGUCGGAGGAAUCCGACACGAAACUUACAAGGCCACCUUGAAGAAGAUUCCCGCGACGCGCCUCUCCCGGCUCACGGAGGCUCUAGCUAACUACGACCCCGUUCUCAAUGAAUACUUCUUCGACAGACACCCUGGCGUGUUCGCACAAGUCCUGAAUUAUUACAGGACAGGUAAGCUGCAUUAUCCAACGGAUGUGUGUGGACCCUUAUUUGAAGAAGAGCUGGAAUUUUGGGGGUUAGACGCCAACCAAGUAGAACCUUGUUGCUGGAUGACCUACACACAGCAUCGAGAUACACAAGAAACUCUGGCAGUGCUAGAUCGUUUGGAUCUCGAUACGGAGAAGCCUUCUGACGAGGAGGUGGCGAGGAAAUUCGGAUUUGAAGAUGAUUACUAUAACGGCACAGUGUCCUGGUGGCAACAACUGAAGCCUCAAAUGUGGUCUCUAUUUGACGAACCUUACAGCUCGAACGCGGCUAAGAUUAUCGGUGUGAUAUCUGUGUUUUUUAUUUGUGUAUCAAUAAUAUCAUUCUGUCUAAAAACGCACCCGGAUAUGAGAGUGCCAGUGAUCAGAAACUACACAGUGACAACCGCUAAUCAAACCCAAAGUUGGGCAUUGGACAAAGUGCAAACAAAUGCCCACAUAGCGUUCUUUUACAUCGAGUGUGUGUGCAACGCGUGGUUUACUCUUGAAAUCCUCGUCAGAUUCAUAUCGUCGCCUAAUAAGUGCGAAUUCGUAAAAUCAUCCGUCAACAUCAUAGAUUACAUAGCAACAAUGAGCUUCUACAUAGAUUUGAUUCUUCAGAAGUACGCCUCCCACGUAGAGAAUGCUGACAUUCUGGAGUUCUUUUCCAUCAUCCGAAUCAUGAGGCUUUUUAAAUUGACCCGACAUUCGUCCGGCCUUAAGAUACUUAUUCAGACAUUUAGAGCGUCAGCGAAGGAGUUGACAUUGUUAGUGUUUUUCCUGGUGCUCGGAAUUGUAAUUUUUGCCAGUCUCGUGUAUUAUGCUGAGAGAAUACAAACGAAUCCACAUAACGACUUUAACAGCAUACCAUUGGGAUUGUGGUGGGCGCUAGUUACCAUGACAACUGUAGGCUAUGGUGACAUGGCUCCGAAAACAUAUGUCGGUAUGUUUGUCGGCGCCCUGUGCGCGUUGGCUGGUGUGUUGACGAUAGCUCUGCCGGUGCCGGUCAUCGUCUCUAACUUCGCCAUGUACUAUUCACAUACUCAAGCUAGGGCAAAACUGCCAAAGAAGAGGCGAAGAGUUAUUAACGUAGAACCGACGAGACCACCAUUACGAGCGCCGGGAAUUCCAGGUGGCCCAGCAGGUCCAAUUGCACCUGGUAUGGGUCCGCAAGCUGUGAACAGAAGAAUGAAUGCAAUUAAAACAAAUCAUCCGAAAGAUAUGAUGGGACCUAAUAUGGUCGCCAGCCUAAUGCCAGGAAUGGAUUUAACGGUUGCCACUCGUCUUACCCCAAGUCCCCGGGAUAUAAGUCCAGCUCUGGCUUUAGCGAUACCAAUGAUGAAGUCUGUAAACAUAGUCCCAGCGCAAUGCUUCGACAAUAUGGCGUAUAAUAGCGAAAAAAUAGAAGAUAAAUCUAAAAAUGAGAGCAACAGCACAAGUAGACAAGAUAGUAUUGAGAGCAGUAACACUGUGAAAGCAAAUAAUUAUAGCAAUGAAUAUGAAAAAUGCGAAGAAAAAACGGAUGCACGUACCCCUUUGUUAAGAGACCACAAAAUCGAAUCUCUAGAUGAGACAAAACUAAGAGACAACAAAGUAGAAAAAAGAAAAUCAUCGGCUUCUACGUAAAUAAAAAAAUAAUAAUAUACGAUUGUGAUUAUUAAGGUAAAAGCUACUUGACUAAGAUUACCACAAUGGUUGAAAUUAACAUAUUGGGAAACUAUCGCAUUCGGAUAUUAAUAUUAUUUUGUUGGUCUGUAGUAAACUGAAUAUUUACCAGAUUAUCCAGGGCACAUUUUUAAAACAUUACUAAGGGAUUUUUUUUUGUACUUUUUGUCGUUAUUUUUAAAUUUUGAAUUGACUUCGAACCACGAUUUUAAAGGCUUUAUGCAUAUUUAAGUACAUUUUAACUUUUAAAGUUCCUAUAUUAUUUCAUAAAUUGAUUUUGGCUAUACUUCUAAAACUAAACUUUUUUAAACAUUUUCAUAAUUUUUUUUUGAUCAUCUGUCAUUUUAUUAUUAAAAGUUAUUAGAUUCAGAACAAUAAAAUUGUUAUGCGAUCAACUAUAGCGGUUGGUUCAAAUCAUUUUCGUCACCUCUGAGUUUCUUCUCGAACAGAAAAAAUAUUCUACACAAAUAAUAUGAACAAUUUAAAUACGAAAUUUAAUCGAAUGAAAAUUAAUAAUUAUAAAUAAAUUAAAUUAACAUACGUUCUGUGAAUAAAUUUUACAGCGUCUUUAAUAUAAAACUUUUGUCAUAUCAUUAUUCUUUCGCCAAAUACAUAAUAAAGUCUCCAUCGAGUUGUUCGCUACCAUAUACACCUUAGCAUCGAGUGAGUGUCUAGUAUUAACGUUAUAGUCAUUGAAUAUUUUAUAUAGAAGCAAUAUUCAAAACAUAUUUUAAAUGAUUCGAUGUUAUUCAGCUGUAUUCUACACAGAUAUUAUGUCAUUCGACCAUUAGUAGAUUAUAUUACUAUAUAUUAAUAUUAGGUACUAAUAAACAGUCCAUAUUGAUAAUUGCUUGUUACGUGUACAAAAUCGAAAAGUCUUAACGUAGUUUUGAGAUAACGUUCAAAAUGAUCAUUUGAAAUGAUGAAAGUGAAGCAAAAUGAAUACGGAACAAGCAAUUUCUUAGUGAAAAAUAAAAAUAUAGAUCAUUGUAUAUAAAACUAUUAGCAUUAAUAAUUUUAUAUCUCAACAGUUAUUCUAAUCACUAGAAACAUAUCAUCGGCACUUCGUUCUUGGUGUAAUUAUUUUUGUAUUAAAAUAUCAUAAUCAUAGCAUAAGAUUAGCUAGUUACAAAUUAAACGCAUAACGAAAGCUUCUCUAUCGUGUCUACGAUCUACCGACGGACAAAAAUUGCCCGGCGAUGGAUUUUAUAUGAAUGUACUGUCCAUUAAGAUUAUAGUUAUUCUAGAUAAUUGGGUUGUAACUAUGUUGUAGCUUCCUCUAUCUUAGAAUAUCCGUUUGAAUAAUAUAUAUAGAUUAGAAUUUAAAAUGUUAAUAAAUAUUACCUACGAAAUGUAAUUUAACCCACGCUUAAUUAAAAUCAUUACGUUUGGCAUCAUUGGCGAUUAGUAUUUUAUUUAUUAUUGAAAUCUUUCUUAGUAACAAGAAAGCAUUAGCAUGAAAUGCAAUAAUGUUUCAACCGUCAUUUAUAUCACUGUUUCAUUAUAUGUAUGUAUGUAUGUGUAGACAUAUUAUAUUAAUGAUAUUGUAAUCAUUAUACCGAUUAGUGAGAUUUUUGAUGAUAACUUAUCAUUUAAUGUCAUCGUGUCUUAAGUGUAUCUGAAUAUUUAUUUUGCUAUAUCCUAUUAAGAGCUGUUUGUGAGUAUAGUGGACCAUUGUUAUGAUAUCUUAUAAGACAAAUACGAUGUAUUAUAAAAAUAUUUAAUUAUUAAUUUCAAUAUUGUUGUUUUAAACAGUGGUAUGCCCGAUUAUUUCUCAUAUAAUUGUUACCUUUACUAACUUAAAUUCAAUUGUUUACAGACAAAUUGAUAUUUCAAACAACACUGUGUGUCGAGUCCAUAGUUAGGUUAAUUUAGAUAUUUCUGUUUUAUCGAAAUUCAGUACAAAAACGAGAACAAACGAAAUAUUAGUAUUAAAUUACCAAUACUCGAACGUGUGUGUACCAUAAUACUUUUUUGUGGCUAUUUCUUACUUUGUUACGGCACAAAAAUAUAUUAAGUGAGGCUUACAGUAAGCGAACAGGGCUUGUAUCUUAUUGUAUAGCAUUCUAUAUACAUACAUUAUAUACAAUUAUGAACAAUACGACUACAUAUAUAAAAUAUUGUUCAUUAAAUAUUCAAAAGU